AUGGUGCGCAGAUUCGGCUCCAACGAGAGCGAGCUCCCUGGAAUGAGGAGGCGCAGGGAGGUUACCGCCAUCGGGGAUAGACAGCUCAGAAUACCGUUCAUGAUUAUGUACAGCAGCCCAGAUGCAAAUGACUUCGCAGCCAAGCCGCUUGUCGUGGAGGCCGGGGUGCUGAGUUGGUGUUUGGAGAACUUUGGGGCGGGAACAGCAGUGUCAGUCAGAGAGAACUUCGACAGAGCCAAUGCCUUCCAAUGCUGGGAAGAGCGCAAGGAGGAGUUUCCCCUGCAGUCUUCGAAGUUGCGGCGCGUGCACGAGUCGCUGGCGCAAUACUAUCUGCCGCAAUUUGCUGCAGAGAAGGCCUUCUGGGGCUACCUCAACGCCCCGCCCGGGGGCUGCUGCUUACUUGGGAGCCUCAAUUUCCAGGUCGAAGAGGCAGAAGUCCGCGUCACGGCAUGCCGGCGGCCGUCCCCGACUGAGGCUCUGGAGGCACAGAUGGCCAUCAUUGACGAGCUCUGUGUGGAGGUCCUGAUGCAGGAUCGCUUCCUUGGAGAGCGCUUCGCGCCCUCGUCGAUGAACUUCCUUGCGAUGACGCACGGCCACGCGGCUGGGCAGAAAGGCGCCGAUCCCCAGAAGAUCGCCAAGCUCCUGUCUGCCGCGGAGACGUGGGGUCCAGGCGACAGCGGCUGGACUCAAUAUGACGAAACGUGGACGUGCACGGACGAGAAAGAUUGGUUGGGCAGGACUGUCCGAGAGCAAGGUCGGGUGAUUUGGCACAAGCCUGGCUUCGAGCUGACUUGA